CGUCCCCGUCGGUGCAAGGCGAGCAACAGGCAGAAGCAGAAGAAGAAGAAAAAGGAGAGGAAGAAGAAGAAGAGGAGGAACCCUGGGCCAGCGGCCAUUUCCCCCUUGGCUUCCUCCUCCUUCUCCUUUUCCUCCGUGUCUCUGGAGUCACGCGUGGCGGAUGCAGCUCUAACUUAUGGUGAAUCUCCGUACUUGAUUCCUGUGGUUUGACCGAAGUUGCUGGAGCCUGCAUGCUGCUUCAUGCAGUCACACGUUCUGGGUCAUGAAACUUAAUCCACAGCAAGCUCCACUGUAUGGUGACUGCCUCAUCACCAUAUUGCUCACUGAAGAUGACCAAGUUGGAAAUGAUGAUGUAGUUUUUUACCUAGUUUUCACUGGAUCUGCUGUUCAACACUGUACCAGCACGAGGAAACUUGAUUCAGGGAAAUUGGAGACCAUUGCCCCUGGCCAUGACUGCUGUGAGACCGUGAAGGUCUCUCUGUGUGCUGCUAAGCAGGACCACCCCGUUCUGGUGGUGGCCGAGGACAGCUUGCAGUUUGUGCAGGAUGAAGCUUACGAUGCCGCGCAGUUCCUGGCAACCUGCGCUGGGAACCAGCAGGCGCUCAACUUUACAAGAUUCUUGGAUCAGUCCAGGCCGCCUGCUGGGGACAUGGACUUUUUGGAUGAGAAAUUGACCCUGGCAUUUCGGCACCUGAAAUUGCCAGCCGAGUGGAAUGUGUUAGGGACAGACCGUGCCCUCAAUGAAAAUGUCUCCCAGGAGACGCUGAUGCAUUUUGCAGUAAGGCUGGGGUUGCAGCGUCUGACGUGGUUCCUGUUGCAGAAACCGGGUGGAAGAGAAGCCCUUGACGUUCCCAAUCGGGAAGGGGCUACCCCCAUAGGUUUGGCCUUGGAGAGGGGCCAUCAGAAGCUUCACCAGCUCCUGAUAGAGAAAGAAGCCAGCGAACCCUGCUGCUGGAGCACCUUGUCCCAAGUAGUACAUUCGGAGGAAUACUGUGUUGUUAAGUACCACCAAGGGUUAAGUGUUUACACGUUGACAACGGACGUUAAGAAAGGAGUAGGGCCCAGCAUGGAGAAUGACCUCCUUUGCCUCCGGAUGCACAUGCAGAGCCACCGGGAUAUGAAUCCAAGCGAAUGCCCACAUCCUGCACAGCCCUGCAAGGACUGUAGCUCAAGCACUGACGCGAGGGACCAUACAGCUGCACCCGGGGACAAUCUUUGUGAAGUUGUGGCAGAAGGAAGCCAGGGAGAUCCUUCUGACCCACUGGAUCUAGAGGCAAUCCAGAUUUUGGUGCCUUCUUGCUUUGAGGAGGGCCCCUGCCAGCAAGAGGACGAGCUCUUAGACAUACCCAAAGUGUUGUUGGGGCUGGAGGGUGUCGAAAACUCAAGACCUUCCUGUAGGAGUGAACAUACAAUUGCUGAGCUGCACAAAGAGGAAGAGGAGGGGCUAGCUUUUGCUGCAGGUUUUAAGGCAGCAUCGGAGGAACGUGACAAGCAGCUGUGCCUGGUUAAUGGACUUCAUGGGACUGCAGACCUCCCCUCCUGUGGAUGUACAAAUAGGGAAGUUGGGAUGACAUCCCCCAGUGUUGUUUUGGGGCCAGACGACCUGAGCGACAGUGGUAAACUAUACGACAGUGCUAACUUUCCCCAGGAAGUGGAGACAGCCACACCAAGAGACAUAAAGCAGCCAGCUUCCUGCAAGGAAGGCAAUGUAGCGAUGGGGCAAGGAGAAUGCAAGAGCUGUACGGGAGCCACAGACGUUACCACAACAGCUCAGCAGCCUGUGGAGAAUGACGAGCAUGAUAGCGAGCCCUCUGCAACCACGGCUGUGGAAGUGGUAUCACCUGAUGUGGCCACUGCAUCCUUGCUUGGAGAUAAUAGUGCCAUUGCUGCUUGCCAAAGUGUGCGUGAUGAUGAUGAUGGACCUGGAGAAGUGAUGCUUCCACAAGGUAAUGAGCUUGUGAUUAUUGAUGCAGAUGUUGGUCCUUUGGAGAGUAGAAGGAGUGAACAAACAGGACCAGAGAUCUCCACCAACAAGAAUGAGUUUAGAAAAUGUCCUGAGGAUUGCGAGCGCCUGGGAAAUGAGGUGCAAAGUUCAGCUCUGGAAGACCCACUUGCAAUCAACAUGGUGGGGAUUUUGGAGAAGUCAACAAAAGAUGACCCUGUAGUAGAAAUAAACAGUAAUGGAGAAGAAUGGGAAGAUGGACAUAUGAAUAAUAUGAAUGCUGGGAUGGGUGAUUUGGAUUUGGGCGACGGAGUCCAAAAUGUUCCUCCUCCUCCCAGUGCAGAAAGUGAUAAGCCAGGUCCAACGUACAUGGAGGCCAUCAACCUCCCUGCCAGUGACGGCAUAACACCGAUUGUAGCUGACGGGCAGGAGGAGCAAAAAAACGUUGAGCUGAAGCUGCCAGGAACUGAAACCAGCAGCUGUGGAGGAAGUGCUGACUCUACUCCUUUCUUUCUGGGCCUGGAUGUUGCUCCGUGCCACAUUCACGAGCAGGGAGUUGGCACAGAUGAGCACUGUAGCGUCUCUCCCUUGCACACUGAGCCCACUGGUGCCUCUAAACUGCCUCCAUGCUUCCUAAGCCCUGCAGUGCCAUCCCUCGUCGAGGAGCAGACUCUCAGUAAACAAGCCGAGAUGGCAGGAAGCGAUUGCGAGCCGGACCGGUUUAGCAAAAACGCUCAGGAAUUCAUAGCUGCGGCUUCCGCCUUGCUUGUGGAAGACGUUAUCCAGCAGGCCCGACUGACUCUGGCUCAGGAAGAGAAUGCCCAAGCAGCCCCUGCCGGCCAGAAGGCGUCUCUGCGCCUCGAGGACCUUGCCCUGCCUUCCCUUGGCAAGGGUACGGAGCGUCUACAGGGUAAUUUAAUGGGCACACCCUCUGCUGUUCAUGAUAAUGAAUCCAAACAAAACCAGGAAGUCGCAGCAGAAACAAUCGUGGAGGCAGCGGGAGCAAAAGAACUGACUGCGGUUGCCGAGCACGGAAGCCCCGUGUGCCUUGAGCUAACAACAACGAAUCAUUCUCCGGUUAUUGGGCAGCAAUAUUUUGGUGAGAACAGUUUACAACUGCCUGAAAGUGGGCAGGAACUACCUGGCAAGGAGACGGCUUCGUUAGAGGGCCUGACAACAGCAACAACAGCUGUUGUGCCACCUCCUGCUUUGGAUCAAGUUGAGGAACUCCAUGUAAACAAAGGUAAUCCUGAGGUCGGCUCAAAGGGAGAAGCCGCCAACCCAGUAGCAGGUGAGAAUGUGAAAGUUGGUGAAGUUGGGGCUUAUCAAGCAACGCUUGCACUCUCAGAGGAUGCCCCUUUGUGUGACGAGGAGGUCCUCUCUGCUGAUGCUGUGGUACACAGUCAAGUGGAUCUUGAUUCAGCUUCAUGUGGAAUUUCUGCAGCCAGUGGAGCUUCUGAUUUAAUGGAAGUCCCACUGCUCACCCCCUGUGAGCUGCUCCCAGGAAGUCUUCUCCAGGAAGGGGAGGAGGUGGAAAAUGUGCCUUCAAGGAUAUUGCUACAGCCAAUUGCCGAAGAGCCCCCAUGUGAUGCUGACUCUGGUUCGGAAAUGCUGUUUGUGGUGGCUGAGGGUGAAGCUACCCUUGUGGCUAACGUAGCCCCCUUGGAAGCUAUGGCUCAAGCCCACAAGGCUCAGGGGGAAGACAGCCAAGCUGAGCCACAGGAGCAGCUUUUGCAACCCUCUCCCUCUUGUGUUGUUGAACUUCCAGAGCAAGUGGAAGUGCACAGUCCUGUUCCAGAAGAUGGUAAUGUUUUGGUGGAUAAUGUUGAUCACAUAACAAAAGAACCCCAUGAAGCCCCACUGAUGACCGAGUCAAAUGGUCAGUUGGUAUCUCCGGCUGGAAAUCCCAUGGAAAUAUUUCCUUUAUUGGAAUCUGAAAUUGAGACCCAGGAUAUAGAAGAUACUGGGCCCACCGCUACUGGAGAAGGGGAUUUACAUUUGCAACCAGACGGAUUGGUGAGGAAGAAUGAAAACUUAGGGCCAGCAAGAUCGUCACCUGCUGCAGAGGCCAUAGAGAUGAAAACCGAAGAAGAGGUUGACGCUUCAAGAGGCCCGACGGAGACACCUACUUCUGAAGGAGUGAUUAACCGUGAAAGCUGGUGUCCUGCUGAAUCUUCUUCAGAUGCCUCACUUUUGGAAACAAAGCACUCUUGUCAUUCUUCAGGAAGUUAUAAUUUUCUAGAUCGAUUAACUGGUAAUGACACCUCCUCGCAAGGCAUCCUUAAAACGGGAUCUGGGAGUGUGACGGAUCUCUUUCCAUUGCCAGGAGAAGAUGGGAUGGAUGAAGUGGACUUUGGGAAGCAGCCUGAAGAGGAGCAGUCAGCUGGAGACAGCACGAGUUCAAGUUCCUCAGCUGAUGAUACAAUAUCCCUGGAAAGGAACUCUUCAGUGGGGAGUGACGUCUCCCUGCCUCAGGCUCUCAGCCAAACCAAAGACCAGUACAGUCCGGAUGGGAACCCCUUCAACACGGCAGUGGGUGCCGAAGAUCAAGGCGGCGGAGCUGUUGUGUUGGGAGAACUGGAGGAGGAGCUGGAUAGCAUCACAGAAGUGCCUCCACCUCCGUCUUCCUUAAGGAACUCCAUAAGGCCCUUGUCUCCUUUCCGGCGGCACAGCUGGGGCCCGGGAAAAAAUGGCAGUAGUGAAUCCGAAGUCAACCACCGGAGUUCAAUGCGAUUGCUGGGGGAUGGUGUAAAGAAGCCUCCCACUCAUAGGAGAAGUAUGAGCUGGUGUCCCUUGGGUGUCCAGUGCACUGCCAUGGGUUCCGACUUUAAUGGUAGAAGCUAUAGUUUGGAAGGCCUUGCUGGAGAGGCCGGCAGCAUGAAGAAGCCAUCCUCAGGUUUGGAGACGGCAUCUCUCAACGCCAAAGAUUUGCGACAGAAUUCCCUCACAAACGAUGAGCGAGGGUCGUUGGUCUCACUCACGGAAGAGGAACUGGAAUCAGAGCAAGCAGAAAUGAGAAGCUUUGACCGCCAGAUGCACCAACGAUCACAGCCCCGUGCCUUCAACUUUUCCACAACUGCUGUUUCUCCUCCAUUGACUAAAUCGAUGUCUCUUAUGACCAUCACUCAGGCUGGACCAGAAAGAGGAGCCCAAAAGAAUUACAUGGAUCUUGUAAAAAGAUUUCUGCAAGCCCCGGGACGGACUCGGCCAUCCAGGCGGAUUUCCUUCUCCUUCAGCAUCUCUCCACUCAUUCCUAAGUCUAAAACUGUCUUUUCUAUUGGCUCUUCUUCCAGUGAUGAGGAGGAGGAGUUGGAUAGUAACCGAUCUUUCAGCAGCACUGGCAGUUCACUGACUCAGAGCAUCUCUGAGGAGAGUGGCAAUUUCCUGCCUCCCAGCCCCUCCAGAAAAGACUUGGAAGGCAAAAGCGGGACGAAAGUUAGCCGCACAUUCAGCUACCUCAAGAACAAAAUGUCUAGCAGUAAGAAGAGCAAAGAAAAGGAGAAAGACAAGGAGAGGAUCAAAGACAAGGACAAAGACUCCAAAGAAAAGGACAAGGACAAGAAGACAGUCAAUGGACACCUCUUCAGCGCCACCCCAACGGUGGGGCCUGUCAGUUGCUAUCAUUGUAUGAAGCCUUUUAACAAGGAUUCCUUUGCCUGUUCAGGCUGUGGCGUCAUUGUCCAUAAAAGCUGCAAGGAGAGUUUAGCUGCUUGUGCCAAGGUCAAAAUGAAGCUCCAGAAAGGAGGCCUUCAGGCACAUGAUACUUCCUCGUUGCCCACUGUCAUUAUGAGAAGUAAGACCUCACAGCCAAAGGAGAGACCUCGAUCUGCCAUACUGGCUCCAGACGAAAGCAAUGUGACCUCCUUGUUCAGUAAUAGGCGAUCCCAGCAGAACCUGGCCCUUUCUAAAAGCGUCUCCAUUCAAAACAUUGCUGGAGUUGGAAGUGACGAAAGCAUUCUCCACACGUGGAAAUUCCUCUCCCAAUCAACAGACUCCUUGAAUAAAAUCAGCCGGGUAAAUGAGUCCACAGAGUCAUUAACAGAUGAAGGUGCAGAUAUGAAUGAAGGUCAGCUCAUGGGAGAUUUUGAGUCUGAUUCAAGGCAGCUGGAAGCCCAGUCUUGGAGUCAAGUAGUAGACAGCAAAUUCCUCCAUCAGCAAAAGGGGAAUGUGGUGAAGAGGCAAGAUGUCAUAUAUGAACUGAUGCAGACAGAGAUGCACCAUGUUCGCACCUUGAAGAUUAUGAGUGACGUCUACAGCAGAGGAAUGGUGAAGGACCUGCAGUAUGAGCCGCACAUGGUGGAGAAAAUCUUCCCUUGCCUGGAUGACUUGAUAAACAUCCACAGUCAAUUCUUUCAGCGAAUUUUAGAGAGGAAAAAGGAAUCUCUGUCAGACAGAAGUGACGUGAACUUUGUAAUCAAAAGGAUAGGGGACAUCCUAGUGAACCAGUUUUCUGGGGAAAAUGCCGAACGAAUGAAGAAAACCUAUGGCAAGUUCUGUGGGCAUCACAACGAGGCAGUGAAUUAUUUUAAAGACUUGCUAUCCAAGGACAAACGGUUCCAAGCAUUCAUCAAGAAAAAGAUGAGCAGCUCUGUCGUGAGGCGCCUGGGGAUUCCUGAGUGCAUCUUGCUAGUGACGCAGAGAAUCACGAAAUACCCAGUCCUAUUACAGAGAAUACUGCAGCACACAAAAGAAAACGACAUUGAACAUCAGGAUCUGGUGCUUUCCCUCAACCUGGUGAAGGAGGUCAUCACCGCUGUGGAUAGCAAAGUCAGCAACUAUGAGAAGAAGAUGCGCCUCAAUGAAAUCUAUACCCGAACAGACAGCAAGUCCAUCAUGAGAAUGAAGAGCGGGCAGAUGUUUGCCAGAGAGGACCUGAGACGCAGGAGGUUUGUCCGGGAUGGACCAGUCUCUCUGAAAAAUGCAGCUGGUCGAUCGAAAGAGGUUCUGGCUGUACUCCUCUCAGAUGUCCUGAUAUUCCUCCAGGAAAAGGACCAGAAAUACAUAUUUGCCUCUCUGGAUCAAAAAUCCACUGUAAUCUCAUUGAAGAAACUGAUUGUCCGUGAAGUGGCCCAUGAGGAGAAAGGCUUGUUUCUGAUCAGCAUGGGAGGAAAAGACCCGGAAAUGGUGGAAGUCCAUGCCAGCUCCAAGGAGGAGCGCAACAGCUGGAUUCUCACCAUCCAAGACACAAUUAACACUAUGGAUAAAGAAGAAGAUGAAGGCAUACCCAGCGAAUCAGAAGAGGAAAAACGUGUGCUGGACACCAAAGCAAGGGAACUGAAAGAACAGCUCCAGCAAAAAGAUCAGCAAAUCAUAACGCUGCUGGAGGAGAAGGAUAAGAUUUUCCGAGACAUGACAGACUGCAGCAUGAGGCACGAGGAGAAUGCGGGAGCCCGAACUUUGUUCCGGUCCAAUACUGAAGAGGCGCCCAAGGGGCAAAGUGUGAUGAAGAAUGUAAUCAGUGAAGUUGAGCUAUUACAGGGGCUGGUAAGCAGGAGCCUAGGAAGUGCCCUUGGCCCACAGUUGAGCAGCCUUUCCUCCGAGCAGGAGACUGUGGGGCCCAUCUCCCUCCCCAGGAGAGCAGAGACAUUUGGAGGAUUCGACAGUCACCAAAUGAAUGUAUGCAAAGGUGGGGAGAAGGAUGAAGGUGAUGACGUGCAGGAUCUUCGGAGGACAGAAUCUGACAGUGUCUUAAAAAAGGGAGGAACAGCAAACUUGAUGUUUGUGCUGAAAAGGAACAAUGAGCAAGUUCUCCAGAGCAUAACACACCUCCACAGCUUGCUGGGCACAUUGCAGGCAGUUGUGGUGCAGCAGGACACCUACAUUGAGGACCAGAAGCUUCUUCUUACUGAGAGGACUCUGAGCCGCAGCUCUUUCCGGCCCAACUCCCUGAUUGAGCAGGAGAAGCAGCGGAGCAUGGAGAAACAGAGGCAGGAGCUGGCCAACCUUCAGAAGCAGCAGGCCCAGCACCAGGAAGAGAAACGGAGAAGGGAGCGAGAAUGGGAAGCCCGGGAGAAAGAGCUGGUGGAGCGGGAGGCCCGGCUGACCCAGCGAGAAGACCAGGCCCAGAAGGAACACCAUAACCUGGAGAAGGAGAGGGAAGAGCUACAGCUAAAGAAAGCUGCCUACCAACUUGACUUGGAGCAUCUUCGGGCUGCCCAAAAGCAGCUAGAGAAGGAGAAGGAACAACUGAAGAGAGAUAUGGAGCAGUUCUCUCAGCCACACACAGAGUCCAGUUUCAACCGGUUUUCCAACCAGCAUGCCAAGGUGGGUCGGACCCCUUCUAUGCCUGUGGCUGAGGAAUCGUCUUGCAGGUCACUGAGUGCUUCUUUCGGCAAACAGGGUCUGUUGGACACAGAACUCUCAGUAUCGCCCAAAAGAAACAGCUUCUCAAGGGCACACAAAGAGAAGAGCUCUUUCCACUUAAGUGGCACCACAGCGUCAAGCCAAACCAACAAACAAGCCGAGGGACACAUCCCGAUGCCCAACCGCCUCUUUGGCUUGGCCAAGCCAAAGGAGAAGAAGGAAAAGAAGAAGAAGGGCAAAGGGCACCGCAUACAGCCAUCUGAUACUCACUCACCAGAAGCAGGUCCAGAGGGUGAGGAGAUCUUCUGCUAACUUCACCUCUCUCCAUUUCACAAGGAUGAGACCACCUCUUGUUCCACUCAGCCAAGCAUAUGCCAUAUGGGGGCCAACACAUUGGUGACUCUCCCUUCUCUUCAUUGAAUUAGCAUUGGGUUUCCUUACAGCAGAAACUCAUCUGGAAGCUUAGAGUUGCGGCCUAUCCUUUACUUCUCUGUUUCUUGAAGAUCUUACUUUUUAAAAGGUAUCUAAAAAGUCAGUGUGGAGGGGAGGUUGCCCUCAGAGAGGAACUUUGGAUGUGACCAGACUGGGCGGGCUCGGUUUUGGUUACUCAUGUUCUCGAAAAUGUCCACUCUUUGUAUAUUUGCUGGUUUACGGCUUGCACAGACAGACACUCCCCUGGAUUUCUGCUCAUCUCCAAAAAUGUGUUUGUAUUAUUGCUGGGGAAUGGAAGGAAUAUAUCCCAGGGGCAACCAAGCUUAUCUUCUCAUAGGGAACACCACCAAAAAUCCAAAAGGCCUCAUUUGUAAAUAGAUGGGGCUCUUUAUGCAGUGUUUAUACACUGGUAUGUAUAGAUAUACUGUAUAUAUUCGUACACUUUAAAAUAUACAUAUAUAAAUAAAUGUAGUUGUGUAUCCAUUGGGAGAUGCACUAAUUCUGUACAGAAAACUUGGAAGAGCUUAGCUCUAUACCCUAAAGGGUUCAUUGAUAUCUACUAAACUGUUCAGGGACUGUGUCAAUAACGAAAUAUCUUUGUACUUUUUGAUCUUCAAAUGCUUUUGCCACCAGUAACCCCUUUGUAUAGGUUUGUUUUUGGGGAAUGGACUCAAAGGCCAGCUAAUGGGACAGAGACCUUUACAGCGUUGAGCUUUGGCUGGAGAACCUGUCUGUAUAUUGACUCCUACAGGAGGAUGUCCUGGCAGUUACAUUAUAGGGAGACUAGAAGCAAUGGGCCUGCUUGUCGGUGGCAGUUCCAUCGAUGGCAUCAGAUUCUUCUACUUGGAAAGCUCUGUGGAUUUGAAAACAUUUGAACUUGGUGAAGACUUUAAAUGGGGAUGGAAUAGAAAUAUGAACACCCUUUCCUAGAAUGCUUGUAUCUCACUUGCCGUGUUCAAACUGGAAAGCUGUUAAUGCAACAUAGGAUUUCUUUGAGAGAUGCUGGAGUGGUCAUAGUUUUCAGCCGCAGAUGGAGGGGAACCCCCUAUUUCUCAUUCUUGACUUCUCCUAUCAACCUCAUCAGGACAUUUUUCAGUUUCUCCCAAUUUUCAUGCAACUCCAUCAUCAUUUUGAAAGCUUAUUGGGGGAGGUAAUGAGAUUGGCUGCCAUUUAGCUUUUUAAAAGCCACACCCUAACCUGAAGUAUAUUAAUCUACCUGCAACAGAACAAUGCAAUAUGUCUCCAAGCUUUGUUUACUGGGAAAGCUGAAGCUUAAAUUACAGAGUUCCCAGACUGGUCCUGUCAUUACUUUGAAUCAGAACCAGUUAUCUUUUUGAAAAAGACGUGUUAACAUGAUGUAAACAUGAACCGAUCCUUGAUUUUUAAAAAUGGCUUCUUACUGCAACCUAGAGCAGGCACGGGAAAACUUCAGCCCUCCAGCCCACUGGCUGUUAGGAAUUGUGGUAGUUGAAGUCCAAAACUCCUGGAGGGCCAAAGUUUGCUCAUGCCUGUCCUAGAGUCUGGAGGUGCUCCACUACAUGGAUGGUCCUUUCACCAUGCCGUUUUCAUUUUGAGCAUUGGAAGGCAGUGAAGGGAGCUACGUUGUGGUACAUUUCCAGCUCAGAAAGAGUUGUGUGUGUCGGUCUUUUCAGGAAUCUUUUUUUGAACAUCUGAAUUAAUUCUUCUAGUCAUGCCAUUUUUGAGAACAAGGCUGUCUUCCUCAAACAUACCCUCUAAUCUCUUCUUUUUAUCUUUCUGUCAUAAUUUAUUGAGAGGAAGGCACAACCCCAUUUUGAAUUGCUAGAGUCAUGGCCUUUCCCAUAUGCAUUUUCCCUCUGCUGAAGUUCUGUUUAGAAAACAUCUUCAGAGCAUGGAAUGUAAAAUCCCUGAACGCAUUUAAGUUAAGCUGUGUCCCUUUUCCCACUGGGAGAAAGAAGCGGAAGGUCUGGUAAUGAAAGAGGGCUCGUUCUAGCACCUUGAGCCAGUACAAGUUGACUUGUCAAAUUUGUGAGUAAUUGCAAUGGAAGAGGAAUAUUUCUAAUUAUAGAGUCUCGCUUAUCCAACAUAAAUGGGCCAUCAGAACAUCAAAUAGAUGAAACGUUUGGAUAAUACGAAGUCUCCAACUGUUACCCGUCUGACGCAUCGCUGGACACCUAGAAUACUCACAAUAGGGACUCAAAGGGUUAAGGCAAAGCAAUGCCUUGGGGCUAGAGCGACCCAGUAGAAAGUGCCCGUAUGUGGAAGAGGAGCAUGGAAAUCACAGAGGGAAGGAGGGAGGACGCUUCCACUUCCGGUCCUGACUCUCUUCCCCCUUUCCUCCCUUCUCCUCAUCUUGCCUUUUUCAAUUAUUGGGAAUGGAGAGAGAGUUGGGGAGCGCUCCUUUAAUUGAAAGGGAAAUGCUGGAGUAAAAGGGUGUCGGAUAAGAGCAUUGGAUAAGAUGGAAUUUUGGAUAAGUGAGGCUCUACUGUAAUAUUCCUCUUCCAAUAGACUACUGACAUUUGAAGACUUAAAUAAUACAAAGAAAGGAAUCCUCCCUUGAAGCCUUUGGAAGAUUUGUUUUCCCACCACCUCUCCAACAUUUAUUUUUAAAGACAGGUUUGCACUAUUGUCCCGAUGCCUUUUCUCUUUUCAAGCAUCUCAGGAGCUGGUUUUGUCCAACAAAACAUGCAGAAAUGAGCAUGGAAGCUAUUCUGUACCAAGCCUUCAGAGCUGGGACUAUGUGGAGGCAUCUGGUCUGCCUUAACCGGCAAGUUAAGCAACUUGGUUGGAUUUGGAAGCUCUCUUAAGUGCUUCAUCCUUUAGGAAACAAAUUAGGAGGCAGUAGUGGAGUUCAGAUUUUUAUUAUUUUUAUUCUUAUGCUUUUAUGUUUGUUCUCAGUUGCAAGCUGGGCUUGCAUUUCAAAACAUCUUUCUGUUUGUUUGAAAGAGGUCUGGAUUUUCUUUUUUGUGAAAAAAGAGAGCAUUUACUUUGGUUUCCUGUUUUGUUUAUUUUAAAACUGGGCUUAUGAAGCUCCAAGUACAUUUUUUAUUUUUUUUUAAAGUAAAUUCUUAUGUACAUAUUACAUUGAUAACUGCGGGCAUCAUACUAAAGGGGACAAAUCACCUGUAGUUAUUAAAUGCACUCAACCACUGCUAGGGAGCAACCUCUAACACCCAACCUCACUUACAACCUCAUCACACUAGAGAAUGAAUUCACUUUAAAUCUGGUUUCUGCCUCCUGCAGAAUUCUGGGGUUUGUAGUUUAGAGAAGCUGUUAGAGGCUCCUCCCUAAACUAUAAACCCCAGAAUUGUGCAGGAAGCAGAAACCGGAUUUUAAGUGGAUUCAUUCUCUAGUGUGAUGAGGUCCUUAGAAGAAGCACAGCUGGCAUUACAUUAACGUUGCAGACCCUUCUGUGAAAAGACGCAUUGAAAACCAGCCCAUUCCUCAAGGUGUGUAACUGUAUCUCACUUUCAUUGAUGUUUCAGGAGAUGGAUAGAUUUGAUGUUCCAUCAUAUGCUUCUGGGGAAUGGAACAUGUAACACUUGGAAAGUGAUGUUUCCCUUGAAUCACUGCCAUUUCUCUCAAGACAAUUGUGUCUGUCCUUUAUUUACUACGGAUUUGGUUCUCUCCCUUCUGCCUCCUCGUUCACCAGGACUUUGGAUCUUCACUCUCAUCCACAUGGCUAGGUGUAUAUUUUUCACCUCUUCAAACCCAAAUAGUUUGAAUUUGUACAAUUCAUACCCAAGGGCUAUUCUGUGGGAGCAAAUGGAUGCCAUUUUCAUGUAGGGAGUUCGUAGCCAAAAAAAUACAAUCUGCUGCCAUCAUUUCUUCUCAUCACAGAGGAAGAAAACCAUGUUUUCAAGAAACAAGAGAUAGGUUUGUGGACUGCCAGCAUUUUGAAGUCUAAGUGCUGUAUGUCUAUUUCUUCUCCUAUUGUGAUUAGUUUACAAUUAAAAUUCAGCCAUGGUAAGUUAUUUCUGACAGUGACUGGAUGAACUAUAGCAUAAAUAUAUUACACAAAAUGGUAUUGUAUAUUAAUAUGGUCCUCUCACUUGGCUUCAAUCUCUCCCCCCCCCCUCCCCAUCACUUCCACUACUGCCACCAAAUAGACUUGUACAAAGGUAUUUCCUGUGUACCACAGUGGAGAGGUUUUUUUUAAACACUUUUCAAAUUCUAUCUGUUAAUUUGUAAUUAUGUAAAAAGUAGUUUAUUGUCUGUAAAAAGUUUUGUUUUCUCCCCGUCUUCCAUGUACAUGGAAACAAACCAAAACCCAUCAAAAUUUCAUAAUAGCUUUUAUUUAUCUGCAUUUCAUAAGUGACUUCCUGUAAAAUAUUUUCCCUUCCCUCUAAAUAAAAUUUGAUUUUCUGUCUGAAAA